AUUUCACUCAGUUUUGCCAUGGCGGAAGUAGAGGGGCAGGGAAGAAAACCAAGUGAAGAAUCCACAGAUGACUCUGAGGAAGAGGACAGCGAAGAGGAGCCCAAGCUAAAGUAUGAACGACUGGCUAAUGGGGUGACGGAGAUCCUGCAGAAGGACGCAGCCAGCUGUAUGACUGUGCAUGACAAGUUCUUGGCACUUGGCACACACUUUGGAAAGGUCUACCUCCUGGACAUUCAAGGGAACGUAACUCAAAAAUAUGACAUUAGUCCGGUGAAGAUUAACCAGAUCAGCCUGGAUGAGGGUGGUGAACAUGUGGGCAUCUGCUCUGAAGAUGGCAAGGUCCAGGUGUUUGGACUUUACACCAGGGAGGGCUUCCAUGAGAACUUUGACUGUCCCAUCAAGGUGGUGGCGCUGCACCCUCAGUUUGGCCGAUCAAACAGCAAGCAGUUUGUCACCGGGGGCAGCAAGCUAUUACUUUAUGAACGGAACUGGCUGAAUCGUUGGAAGACAGCGGUGCUGCAUGAAGGGGAGGGUGUCAUCACCAAUGUCAAGUGGAGGGCCAACCUCAUUGCCUGGGCCAACAAUGUGGGAGUGAAGAUCUAUGACAUCAGCACCAAGCAGCGAAUCACCAAUGUGCUGCGGGACAAUGUGAGCCUGCGGCCCGACAUGUACCCCUGCAGCCUCUGCUGGAAGGACAGCACUACUCUCAUUGUCGGCUGGGGCAAGUCCGUCAAGAUCUGCGCUGUGAAAGAGCGGGAUCCCAUGGAGAUGAGAGACCUGCCGAGCCGCUAUGUCGAGAUAGUGUCUGCAUUUGACACAGAGUUCUUCAUCAGUGGCCUAGCUCCUCUGGCUGAUCAGCUGGUGACCCUGUAUUACGUGAAGGAGAAUUCAGAUCAGAUGGAUGAAGAGUUCCGGGCCCGUCCUCGGCUUGACAUCAUCCAGCCCCAGCCAGAGAGCUGUGAGGAGAUCUCCUCAGAUGCCCUGACGGUCCGCCACUUCCAGGAGAAUGAGUGCAGAGACUACCGCCUGGAGCAUGCAGAGGGCGAGCCCCUUUUCUAUAUCAUCAGCCCGAAGGACAUCGUGGUGGCCAAAGAGCGAGAUCAGGAUGACCACAUCGACUGGCUGCUGGACAAGAAGAAGUAUGAGGAAGCUCUUAUGGCUGCAGAAAUCAGCUUUAAAAACAUCAAGCGACAUGAUGUCCAGAAAAUUGGCAUGGCUUACAUCAAUCACCUGGUGGAGAAGGGGGAUUACGACACGGCUGCCAGGAAGUGUCAGAAGGUGCUGGGGAAAAAUAUGGACCUGUGGGAGAAUGAGGUGUACCGCUUCAAGACCAUUGGACAACUCAAGGCUAUAAGUCAGUACCUGCCCAGGGGAGACCUGCGCCUCCGCCCUGCCAUCUAUGAGAUGAUCCUCCACGAGUUCCUCAAGAGUGACUUUGAGGGCUUCGCCAUGCUCAUCCGUGAAUGGCCCGGAGAGCUCUACAACAACAUGACAAUCGUGCAGGCCGUCAGUGACCAUCUGAAGAAGGACCCCACCAACCGCACCCUGCUAACCACUCUGGCUGAGCUCUACACGUACGACCAGCGCUAUGACAGAGCCCUGGAGAUAUACCUGAGACUGAGGCACAAAGACGUGUACCAGCUCAUCCACAAACACAACCUCUUCUCCUCCAUUGAAGACAAGAUUGUGCUCCUUAUGGACUUUGACAAAGAGAAAGCUGUCGAUAUGCUGCUGGAUAAUGAAGACAAAAUAUCGACGGACAAAGUUGUGGAGGAGCUGAAGAACAGGCCUGAACUACUUCAUGUUUACCUGCACAAACUGUUCAAGCGGGACCACCACAAAGGACAGAGGUACCACGAGCGACAGAUCAGCCUGUACGCUGAGUAUGACCGGCCGAACCUGCUACCCUUCCUAAGAGACAGCACCCACUGCCCACUGGAGAAGGCUUUGGAGAUCUGUCAGCAGAGGAACUUUGUGGAGGAGACAGUCUUCCUACUCAGCCGGAUGGGGAACUGCAGGCGUGCUCUUCAGAUGAUCAUGGAGGAGCUGGAGGAUGUGGACAAGGCCAUUGAGUUUGCCAAAGAGCAGGACGAUGCAGAGCUGUGGGAGGACCUCAUUUCCUACUCCAUCGACAAGCCCCCCUUCAUCACAGGGCUGCUGAACAACAUUGGGACACAUGUGGACCCCAUCCUCCUCAUCCACCGCAUCAAGGAGGGCAUGGAGAUCCCCAACCUGAGAGACUCAUUGGUCAAGAUCCUGCAGGACUACAACCUUCAGAUCUUGCUGCGUGAGGGCUGCAAGAAGAUCCUGGUGUCUGACUCACUGUCCCUGCUGAAGAAGAUGCACAGGACUCAAAUGAAAGGAGUCAGGGUGGAUGAGGAGAACAUCUGUGAGUCUUGCCAUGCUGCAAUACUGCCAUCAGACACGGCUAAGCUCUUCAGUGUGGUGGUUUUCCACUGCAGGCACAUGUUCCACAAGGAGUGUCUGCCAUCCCCCGGAACUAUCCCAGGCGUCCAGUUCUGCAAUAUCUGCAGUGCAAAGCGGAGGGGGCCUGGAAGUGGGAUCCUGGAGAUGAAGAAGUAAAUGGAGAUGCCAUGGCAACUGUGUCCACACAUUACUUUGUGUCUACAGGGCUGAUGGGUCCAGUUCCCUGUUGCUACUGUGAUCAUACAUCUUUUGCUUGCUUUUGGUAAAAAAAUAAAUGAAUAAAUAAAAUAAGUGCUUGAGUCUAGCUGGUUAUAACUGAUGUCAUUUCCAAUGUAGCACACAAGCACAUGGUUUCAUCAUUAUGCUUGGUUUCUGAACUGGAUACUCAUAUCAGUCUUAAUAAGCAUGGGGAAUGCAGGAUUUGAAUGGCCAUGUAGAACAUUAUGCAUUCUAAUCGCUGUAUGCUUUUGUUCUAACCGCUGUGUGUACCCGGAGUACCACAUUUUCGCAAUCCCUGCACAUGUUUUGCUGAGCAGCUCCCAAACUCAUAGUUGUAGGAAACAAAAAAAAAUCAAUACUUGCUUUAGUGUCAGUAACACUAAAGCAAGUAUUAUGCACACAAUAAUAGUAAUAAUAAUAAUAGAUAUAAAUAGUGCAGACAAUGUUUUGGGUUAAUAA